AUGAAGCAGACCUUCAACUAUCGCCAAAAGAUCAUUCAUGAUCCAGUGAAGUCCUCUGAUGUCUUUCUGGCCUUCCCAAGAUUCCUGGACAUACAAGGAUUAAUUGAGCAAGAUUUUAUUUUGAUGUUUGAUGAUUCCAUCUCUGCAAAGUUCCUGGAGAAGUGGCCCACAAUUUACAAGAAAAAAGUCCUUGAACAAAGCCGUGGUCUCACACAGUCGGAUGAUCUGCAGUACCUCGUCCAGAAUGCUGAAUCCACAACAGAAGUGGAAAGUGGAUGGGACGGUGACAUGUCGUCCAUUUUGAUCCUUGUGCACCUGCUGCCGCCGUCACCUCAAGGCCGAAAGAGACCAGGAAAGCUCUCCGCCAGACAAGCCAGUGAGAAUCUUGUGAAGUUCAUCAAGACAGGGACCAGCAUCCAGGGGCAUCUCGAUGGAAUCGCAGACAGCCUUCAACCAUACCUGCUUGCUGUGGGAACUCAGAGGACUGUGAUUCACAAGUACUUCAUUGUCAUUGACAAACAUGCAAUAUCUUGUAAGUCAUCUGGCUCUCUUGCUUGUUUUGAUGAGCUUUUCAAAGCUCACUUUGUCUUUGGCACUUCGUACAACCACGAUCUCGUCAAUGUGUACAACUUCAUUCAGACAACCAUUUAUGAUAUCGAUAUUGAUACAACCAAGGUGAAUCCUAGAGUUGCAGAGUUGAGGGCUCGGUUGCUGCGUUGAUUCGAUUUUCUUUUCUUUGAGGGCUCCAUUACGGAAUUCAGGUAUUCAGAAAUGUUGUGUUUCAUUUGUAAGAGCUCCCAGACAAAUGCUAAUUCCCUGACAAAGCAUUUGAAAGUGAUCCACGGUCUUUGCUCUGGCAAGACACUUCGCCU